UUCGCCACGACGCCGGUCUGACGGUUCUUGGCUUCCAAGUUUCUUUUUGGCGGGCACGAUUUAUACGGCGGCAGAUUCUCCGUUAAUUUUACAGUUCUUGACCAACCAAAAUACAAAUGGGUGAUAAAGACGGAGAAACUUUCGACGAUGCGGUCGAGGAACGCGUCAUCAACGAAGAGUACAAAAUAUGGAAGAAGAACACUCCAUUUUUAUACGACUUGGUGAUGACCCACGCCCUGGAGUGGCCGUCACUGACUGCACAAUGGUUACCUGACGUCACAAGACCCGAAGGAAAGGACUACUCCGUUCAUCGACUGAUUCUCGGGACGCACACCUCUGACGAACAAAAUCACCUUCUCAUCGCCAGUGUCCAGUUGCCAAACGAAGAUGCUCAGUUCGAUGCUUCACAUUACGACAACGAAAAGGGCGAAUUCGGGGGCUUUGGAUCCGUGAGUGGAAAAAUUGAGAUCGAGAUCAAAAUUAACCACGAGGGAGAAGUCAACAGAGCACGCUACAUGCCUCAGAAUCCUUGUGUGAUUGCAACCAAAACUCCGUCAAGCGAUGUUCUCGUCUUCGACUACACCAAACAUCCAAGCAAACCUGACCCCAAUGGUGAAUGCCAUCCGGAUCUUAGGUUGCGAGGGCAUCAAAAAGAAGGCUACGGACUUUCCUGGAAUCCCAACCUAAAUGGAUACUUGCUGAGUGCUUCUGAUGACCACACUAUUUGUUUGUGGGACAUCAACGCCACACCGAAGGAGAAUCGAGUUAUCGAUGCAAAAACAAUCUUCACAGGUCACACAGCAGUCGUUGAAGACGUUGCCUGGCACCUUUUACACGAGUCUCUCUUCGGAUCCGUUGCUGAUGAUCAGAAGUUGAUGAUCUGGGACACCAGAUGUAACAAUGUAAGUAAACCAAGUCACACAGUCGACGCUCACACGGCAGAGGUGAAUUGUCUGAGUUUCAAUCCCUAUUCGGAAUUCAUUCUGGCAACUGGCAGCGCAGACAAAACGGUGGCUCUUUGGGAUUUGAGAAACCUGAAGCUAAAAUUGCAUUCCUUUGAGUCUCACAAGGACGAAAUCUUCCAAGUUCAAUGGUCACCUCAUAAUGAAACCAUCUUGGCGAGCAGUGGCACCGAUAGACGUUUGCAUGUUUGGGAUCUUAGCAAGAUUGGCGAAGAACAAUCCAGCGAAGAUGCUGAGGAUGGCCCACCUGAAUUACUGUUCAUUCACGGCGGUCACACAGCGAAGAUUAGCGAUUUCUCCUGGAAUCCAAACGAGCCAUGGGUCAUUUGUUCGGUCUCUGAAGACAACAUAAUGCAGGUUUGGCAGAUGGCCGAGAAUAUUUACAACGAUGAGGAACCCGACACUCCAGCGAGUGAACUCGAGGCUGGCGCUUCAUAACCCGCGAAAUAUAAUUAUCGACUCUUCAACUUCGAUUCGAAAUAGUGGGUAUCAAAGCUCAAAUUUGAAGUCAUUAGGAAGGGACUGUUGAGUCGUAUAUUGAAAUUCGUCACCUGCGUUUUGCUUACUCGUCAAAUGUUAAUUGUCAUUGAUCAUCACUCAAGCGUAUUUUGUAACUACAAUAAUUGUUUUUAUUUUAUUUAGUCAAUUGGCAAUUAUAGAAAUUUGCCCACAUAUUGUCACGUUUUAUCUAUUUCGUUUGUAAAACGUGCACUUUCGCUAUUAAGUUUCAUCGUCAAGACUAGAAUCUGUAUUUAUACAGUGUUUUAUAUAAAUAUAUACUAGUAUCGAUAAAAUUGAUAAAAUAUGAUUCUAAUAUAAAAUGUAAGCAGUUUUAAAAACUUCCGAUCUUUAACUUUCGAAUAUUUUUUCUACUUAGAAUUAAGCCUGGCAUCACUCGAGCCAAUCUGUAAAAUUUUCUUACUUUCGACCUGAACUGAAUAAACUGUUUUUUCGAAAA